AUGGAGUUGCUGCUGAUCUGCCUUUCCCUGUGGAUAUUGCAAUGCAAUUCGGCCAAAGCGGACUCCAUCAUACAUAUCGGUGCCAUAUUCGAGGAAAACGCUGUGAGAGAUGACGAGAUUUUCCAACUUGCCAUCUCAGACCUGAGUCUGAACGACGACAUUCUGCAGAGCGAGAAAAUCACCCACUCUGUGAAACUCAUCGAGCCUAACAACCCUUUCCAGGCUGUGCAGGAAGCAUGCGAAUUGAUGAACCAGGGGAUCCUCGCUCUGGUUACAUCAACAGGCUGUGCGGCCGCAAGUGCCCUGCAGUCCCUGACAGACGCCAUGCACAUCCCCCAUCUCUUCAUCCAGAGAAACGGGGAUGGUUCACCCCGCACCGCCUGCCAGCUCAACCCCAGCCCAGACGGAGAGAGCUACACAUUGGCUGCCCGUCCACCUGUUCGAAUCAACGACGUCCUGCUCACCCUCGUCUCUGAACUGCACUGGCAGAAGUUCAUCAUCUUUUAUGAGAGCGACUAUGAUAUCCGGGGUUUGCAAACCUUUAUGGACCAGGCUUCUCGGUUGGGUCUGGAUGUGUCCUUGCAGAGGGUGGACCGCAACGUCAGCCGUGUCUUUACCGACCUAUUCAACACAAUGCGCACUGAGGAACUCAACCGGUAUCGUGACACUCUACGGCGGGCCGUGCUGCUCAUGAGCCCACGAGGUGCACAGGUGUUCAUCCACCAGGCUGUGGAAACCAACCUGGCAUCCAAGGACAGUCACUGGGUCUAUGCCAAUGAGGAGGUGAGUGAUGCAGACAUCAUGGAGCUGGUCCAUAGCUCUCUGGGGCGGAUGACCAUCAUUCGUCAGAUCUUCCCAUUAUGGAGGGACACCAACGUUCGCUGCAUGAGGAACAAUCAUCGCAUCUCCUCUCUGCUCUGUGACCCACAGGAAGGCUAUCUGCAGUCCCUGGAGGUAUCCAACCUCUACCUGUAUGACAGUGUUUUGAUGCUGGCCAACGCCUUCUACAGGAAACUGGAGGACAGGAAGUGGCACAGUAUGGCCAGCCUCAACUGCAUGAGGAAGUCCACCAAGCCAUGGAAUGGAGGCUGGUCCAUGCUGGACACCAUCCAAAAGGGACGGAUCAGUGGACUCACAGGACUGAUGGACUUUCGUGCUGAAGGUUCUAACUCUCAUGUUCAGUUUGAGGUUCUUGGAACCAGCUACAGUGAGACGUUUGGGAAAGAUGUGAAACGGCUGGCAUCUUGGGACUCCACUCGUGGCUUGAAUGGUAGCCUAAAGGAGAAUCGCAUAGAGAGCGGUAUGCAGGGAGUGACACUCAAGAUUGUAACAUUACUGGAAGAACCUUUUGUGAUGGUGGCAGAAAACAUUCUGGGCCAACCCAAGAGAUACAAAGGAUUCUCGAUUGAUGUCUUGGACGCCCUUGCUAAGAUCCUGGGCUUUAAGUACGACAUCUACCAAGUUGGAGAUGGGAAGUAUGGCUCAGCACUCCCUAAUGGAUCCUGGAAUGGCAUGAUGGGAGAACUCAUUGGAAAGCGAGCUGAUUUGGCCAUAUCAGCUAUCACCAUCACUCCCGAGCGCGAGAGUGUGGUGGAUUUCAGCAAGCGCUACCUGGACUAUUCAGUGGGAAUCCUGAUGCGCAAGUCAGAGGAGAAGAUCAACAUUUUCUCUUUACUGGCACCAUUUGACCUGGCAGUGUGGGCGUGCAUCGCUGCAGCCAUCCCUGUAGUGGGCAUCAUGAUCUUCCUGCUCAGGCGCAUCCAGGCAGUGCGCUGCCAGAACAGUGCAGGAGGCCAUCCGCCACCUUCUGUCUCCACGUCACUUCAGAGCGCCAUCUGGAUUGUCUAUGGUGCUUUUGUGCAACAAGGAAGUGACUCCAUCCUGGGGUCGGUGGCUCUGCGUAUCGUCAUGGGCAGCUGGUGGCUCUUCACCCUCAUUGUGUGUUCAUCUUACACAGCAAACCUAGCUGCCUACCUCACCGUGUCACGCAUGGACAAUGCUGUCAGGUCGUUCCAGGACCUGUCCAAACAAGUGGAUGUGGUUUACGGGACAGUGAGGGACUCGGCCGUGUACGAAUAUUUCCGGGCCAAAGGCACCAACCCUCUGGAGCAGGACAGUACAUUCGCAGAACUCUGGAAGACCAUUAACAAGAACAACGGCUUUGAGAACUCUGUCUCCAGCCCAUCAGAGGGAAUCAAGAAGGCAAAGCGAGAGUCAUAUGCCUUUCUGUGGGACAUGGCGGUGGUGGAGUAUGCUGCUCUGACAGAUGACGACUGCACACUGACUGUAGCAGGAAACAGCAUGAGCACCAGAGGCUACGGCAUGGCCCUGCAGCACGGCAGUCCUUACAGGGACCUCUUCUCUCAGAAGAUUUUGGAGCUUCAGGAAAAAGGUGACUUGGACAUCCUGAAGCAGAAAUGGUGGCCGAAGAAAGGCCGCUGUGACCUGCAGAGCUACGCAGACGCCCAGCCAGAGGGACGUGCACUGCGUCUCCACAGCUUUGCCGGCGUGUUCUGCAUCCUGGCUGCCGGGCUGCUGCUGGCCCUCCUGGUGGCUGCACUGGAGACCUGGUGGAACAGCAACCACUGCCGGAGAGAGCAGCCCAAAGAGGACAAAGAGGUGAACCUGGAACAGGUCCACCAGCGUUUGAACAGCCUCCUGGACGAGGACUUGGCCCACAAGCAGCUGCCAGGCCAGUCUAUCGAGAUCUCUGCCCUGGACAUUGGCAGCAUGCAGCCCAGCCAGUCCCUGGAGGCCUUGUCUGCUCGGGACUACCCAGCCCAUCGGGGGCCGCGGCCACUCUCUGUGACCACCUUCCUCCAGGAGGGUCAUGGAAGGACACUGGGCGCAGCCGCUGGCAGGACCUUGCCCUUGCCCCUCAGCAGUGCCACCAUGCCCUCUAUCCGCUGCAAACACAGGGCACCCAACGGGGGCCUCUUCCGGCAGAGCCCAGUCAAGACACCCAUGCCAAUGUCCUACCAACCAGUGCCAGGAGGACCCAUCCCAGAAGCCAGUGAGCCCAGCCAUGGGACAUCCAUCUGAGCACGCCGAACAUUCACAGACACUCAAGCUCCAAAAGAAUAGUGGAGAGCUCAGCAGAGUGCUAACAGUGUGAAGAGAUAUAAAUAAAACACUAAAAAAGGAUUUUUAUUACCAGUGAUCAAGAGUCAGUGGGACGACACAUGACAAGAUACUGAGACUUUAAUGUACAUAUUUGUAAGUACAAAGAGAGAGAGAAGCAACAUUAAAAAGUGUAUUUUGAAUAUUCUCAACAGUUGAGUUUAAAAAACAUAAAAGUAUUAAAAAAAUGACUGUUUGAAUGGCUUUGUAAAUUUUGUUCUAAAUGAAUAAAGGUGACAAUUCUUUGUGGUUGUUUUCUAAGUGCCAAGUUCAAAGAUGUUUUCUUUCAGAUUAACAUUAACUGAAUGUACUGUAAGAAUUCAUGAUAA